GGGAUUUUGUAGUUCACUGGGCUCCAGAUUAUAAAUGUUUAGCAGAAAAUGUUUUGGACGGUAUUAAAAAGCUUAAAAAGUAUGAAGUUAAUAAAAAAUACAUAUUCACUCUUACAUAUUCUCCUAUUUCUACGGA